GGCACCAUGGCUCCAUCACCAACAGCAGACAGCUACAACGAACACGCCCGAGCAAGCAAUCAGCCACCAAAAUCGAUCCAAGAUACAGAGACUUGAGCUCUUGAGCGGCAAGCAGAGCAGACAUGGCGUUCGUGCCUGGGUGCGUGCAGUGCGGAACGCGGAGCAACCCGUGCCGGUGCAAGGUGGUCGGGCCGACGCUGGGGUUCGUGGCCUUCGUGGUCACCGGCGUGGUGGAGUGGCCGCUGGGCGCGGCGGUGUACCUGUUCCGCCACCGCAAGGGCCGCCGCAUCAUGGGUCAUCCGGCCAGGGUCGUCUACCCGCGCGUCUCCAGGGCCAUCCCCAUCUAAGGCCUGAUCCUAAUUUCAUAUACCAGUAACCUGGUCCGUCAGCUUGUGUUCGUUCAUUGCUGUGACUGUGAUUCAAUAAAAGGGCGGGGUGUCGGUGUGUGCUUGUGUUGUAAACUUGUAAUCUAAGCCAUUGGUCCGUGUAUUUUCGUUUUA